UUUGAGUGAAGCUUUAAGAGGACAACAACUUCUCUUCUUUGUUUCAACUAUGGGGAAAAUGGCCUCUCUAGUUGCCACUCUUUUAGUUGUUUUAGUGUCACUUAGCUUAGCUUCUGAAAGCUCAGCAAAUUAUCAAUACUCAUCUCCUCCACCACCAGUGCAUGUCUAUCCAUCACCACCCCACCAUCCAGUGUAUAAGUCUCCUCCACCACACCAUCAUCAUCCCGUUUACAAGUCUCCACCACCAUCUGAGAAGCCACACUACCCUCCACACACCCCAGUUUACAAGUCUCCUCCACCACACCAUCACCAUCCCGUUUACAAGUCUCCACCACCUCCAACUCCUAUUUACAAGUCGCCACCACCACCUAAGACGCCACACUACCCUCCACACACCCCAGUUUACAAGUCACCACCACCACCAACUCCGAUUUACAGGGAUCCACCACCACCCAAAGAGCCACACUACCCACCACAUACCCCAGUAUACAAGUCUCCACCACCUCCAACUCCUGUUUACAAGUCGCCACCACCACCCAAGGACCCACACUACCCUCCACACACCCCAGUUUACAAGUCACCACCACCACCAACUCCGAUUUACAGGGAUCCACCACCACCCAAAGAGCCACACUACCCACCACAUACCCCAGUAUACAAGUCUCCACCACCAACUCCAGUGUACAAGUCGCCACCACCACCCAAGAGGCCAUACCAUCCUCCACCAACACCAUAUCAUCCCACACCAGUUUAUAAGUCUCCACCACCACCAACUCCAGUUUACAAGUCACCACCGAAGCCAUACCAUCCUACACCCGUAUAUAAGUCUCCACCACCACCAACUCCAGUGUACAAGUCACCACCACCACCGACUCCAGUUUACAAGUCACCACCACCACCAGUGAAGCCAUACCAUCCUGCACCAGUAUACAAGUCUCCACCACCCCCAACUCCCGUUUACAAUUCCCCACCACCACCAGUGAAGCCAUAUCAUCCUUCACCAACACCACACCAUCCUACACCAGUACACAAGUCUCCACCACCCCACUAUAUUUACUCCUCUCCCCCUCCUCCCCACCAUUACUAAGAAGUGACUUCAUUAUCUAUG